AUGGUGGAGAAUUUGUCAAGAUACACAAAGUCUGUCAUCAGCUUGGCAUUGCCUCCAGUCUCCAAUGGAAGUGAUGUUAAAAAAGAAGCUCAGGUGUCUCCUUCAACUUACAAACCAGCCAAGCAAGCAGUUGUCGUCCACUCGGUUUUCUGGUUGCCCCUUAGUUGGGACACGCCGCACAGUGGCUCUAUGCCCUCUACGUCCACAAUCUCACUCUCACCAAUUAUCAGAACAACCUACACCCAAUCACCAGCUAAUACCUCUACAGAGACCCCAACCUUCCCACCUCCUUCUUCUAAUCGUCUACCCACCAAUUGUGUACCCAACGAUCGUUUACCCUCAUCGUCUAGUGUCCAGCCCACUCAUGCUCUACGCACCAGUUGGUUACCCAGCUAUCACUCACCCAACGAUCGUUCACCUACCGAUCAUUUACCCAAUGAUCGUUUACCCACUAGCCACUUACCCACCGAUCGUUCACCUACCGAUCAUUUACCCAAUGAUCGUUUACCCUCAUCGUGUAAUGUCCAGCCCACCGAUCGUCUAUCCACCGAUAGUUUACCUAGCGAUCAUUAG